AAAACAUGGUCCAUCCGCGGACUUUCCCAACUGCUGCGAGACGCACGCUACUGGAGCCGGAGAGCCGCCACGAAACGGUCAGUUCAGAGGGAAACAUCGCCGGACUCGGUCGCAGAAUCGAAAGAACGGUACCAAGUGGCAAGUUCCCGACCAAAGGUCACGAACGGGGAAGGCAAGGGAACGGAUCGCCAACGUGAGAAAUUAGCACAGAUUCGCAGCGGUGCGAGAAAACAACUGGAUUUUCGAAUAUUUCAAAAUAAACAAAUCGCUCGGCGAAGUGUAAAGGCGCAAAAGUGCCCACAAAAUUGGUCUAAUUAAGGCCAGAAACGAUUCAGAGUGUCCGUAUGAGUUAUUGGCGAUCCGCAAAGUUUUACGGGAAAGUAAAUGACCCCUGGAACCGAGGGCAGGAGACAGUGAGGGAACCCACUGAGAUCGUAUCGGCGGCGAGACACCAAAUGUUCAACAGCUGGAGACAGCUGGGCUGAGCAGUCUCACCGCCACCUCCUCCGCUCCACCUCCAAUAUUUCGGACGCAAUCGAAAGUUUAUUAUUGUUUUGGCCACAAGAGUGUAAACAAAUAGCCAACUGACGAAGGGGCCUCUAGAAGAUGGAGAACGUGCGCUUUUCGAUCAUCGAAAACGAUCUCAAAUGGAACUCGGAGAGCGACCGCGAAGCCGACGUGGAUCUGCUCCUGGAUAAGCGAAGUAUUUCGAGCGAGGCCAACAAUGAUGGGGCGUUUAGUAAUGAGGCACACGAGAUUUUUGCUCGCCAGCAACAAAACCAGAACCUGUGGGAGCUGGAUGAGAUCGAGGACACUCUCUUGGCUAUGCCAGGGGCCAAGCGUGUCGUGGACUUAUGUCGGACAGGGUGCCUUCUGGAACUCAUAACCGACUCUAGCGACUGCAACCUGGCGUUGAUUUGCUGCUCCGUUUUCGGCAACGUUGAGAACAUAAUGUACCUUCUAAACCACUGCAACGCGGAUCCUAAUGUAGCCGACACCCGUGGCCGCACUCCGCUUCACUUUGCCUGCUGUCGCGCCAACGCCCCCAUCGCCAAGGUGCUGCUCGAUCGCGGCUCCGACCCGAAUCGCUGGGAUUCCAAGAAGGAGGUGACGCCGCUGCACUGUGCGGCUAGCUCCAAGAGUAUUGAGUGCAUUCUGUUGCUGCUGCGGCGAAAGGCCAACAUCAACAUUGGCAUCGAGAAGCGCUCGGCCCUGCACUACGCCAUAGAUGUCAAUGCCGUGGAGUGCGUCGAAAUCCUGCUCAAGUACGGAGCUGAUCCCAACACGCCUCAGGUGUACACAGAGACACCGCUGCAUACCGCCAGUGCGGCUGGCUUCGCGAAGUGCGUCCAAUUGCUUCUCAGCCACAAUGCUGAUGUGAGGUCGCAGUUCGGAGAAGGAAAGGUCACAGCCCUGCACUUGGCUGCGGAGAACGACUAUGUGGAAUGCGCCCGCCUGCUACUGGAGCACCGGGCCGAGGUGGACUGCCGGAACGCCAGCCACCAGACGCCCCUGCACUUGGCCUGCCUCUCGCAGUCCAUCGGAACCGUAGACCUUCUUAUAUCGUAUGGCGCCAAUGUGAACGCCGUCUACCGGGACGGAAGAACGGCUCUCCAUGCGGCCAUUGUGAAGCAGUCCCGCUGCCUGGACUGCUGUAAUGCUCUGCUGAAGGCAGGAGCGGAUGUGAACAAAGCGGAUAAUUAUGGUUAUACUCCACUCCAUAUUGCAGCUCUUAACGAAUUUAGCAGCUGUGUGUACACAUUCAUAGAGCAUGGUGCGGACAUCACCGCCCGAACUGACGGACAUGUCUCAGCCUUGUCCUUCAUUGUCCGGCGUACCCCCGAGAUUAUUCCAAAGCUGAUGCAGAAACUGGAUCGCUCCAUCAAGGCCAAUGAUCAUGAGAUCGGCGACGUCGACUGUCAGAUUAAACUGGACUUCCGCCUCUUGGUGCCCAGUUCCUCGAUGGAGCGCGGCGAGACUGAGCUUCUCCUUUCGUUGAUUGAAGUGGGACAGAAGCGAAUCCUAAUGCAUCCCCUCUGCGAGACUUUCCUCUUCCUGAAGUGGCGGCGCAUCCGUAAAUUCUUUCUCAUGAGCCUGGCCUACCACACCCUCUUCGUCCUGCUAUUUACGCUCUAUGUGAUUCGAGUUUUUGUCCGCUGCUGCAAGGAGGGAGAGCCCUGCCUGGCCCCGGGCUAUGUAUCCACCAUUGGCUACUGUGUGAUAAUCCUCAAUCUCGUCCUGCUCGGCAAGGAGGUGUUUCAGAUGGCGCACGGUCUGCACGGCUACGCCAAGUACUGGGAAAACUGGCUCCAGUGGACCAUUGUCUUUGGAGUUCUCCUCUGUGUGUCCCCAGAGAUCCUGCGCACGGGCGACUUGCUUGCGGUGCCUGUUUGGCAGCACCAUGUGGCCGCAGUGGUAAUCCUGUUCGUCUGGCUGGAGUUGAUGAUGCUAGUUGGCCGCUUCCCCAUCUUUGGCGUAUACGUGCAAAUGUUUACAAAAGUGGCCGUCAACUUUGGAAAGUUUCUUCUAGCCUACAUCUGCCUCCUAGUCGCCUUCGGUCUCAGUUUUGCCGUGCUCUUCAACGAUUAUCCAGCCUUCGAGAACAUCACUUGGUCGUUCCUGAAAUCCAUCACCAUGAUGUCUGGCGAACUGGAGUUCGAGGACAUUUUCUACGGCGAUUACGCCGUUAAGUUUCCGGUCACCGCCCACAUCAUCUUCCUAAGCUUCGUCCUGCUGGUGACUGUUAUUCUGACCAACUUGAUGGUGGGUCUGGCUGUUAGUGAUAUCCAGGGACUGCAAGUUAGUGCCACCCUCGAUCGGUUAGUGCGACAAGCGGAACUAGUGUCCCGGCUGGAAAGCCUAUUCUUCUCGCGGCUGCUCCGAAGUGCCCCCACCAACCUCAUGCAGCUGUGCAAGAGGAGUGCCUUGCUGCGCACCUCCCGCGAUAAGCUGCAGUUCACCAUUCGGCCAAACGAUCCUCGUGAUAACCAGCUGCCCGAGGACAUCAAGCUGAAUGUGUAUAAGCUGGUGGCAGAGCGGCGGGACCGGAACCAGAGUAUGCGGCGUCGCCAGUUUGAAAACAACUACAACAUCUUUAGCCGCAGCUUGCAACGCCAGCAGGAGCAACCCCAAAGGGAGUCUACCCACUUGGAUCCAGCUGGAGUGGCGAUUAAGGCCCCAAACCUCUUUCACAUGCACGAGCUACUCCGUCCCCGUUCCGCCACCAAUGUGCCCCAACAGCUGCGGCAGGAGCAGGAAAGUACUGUCAAGCUGAAGAACCAGGUCAAUGCCAUGAGCGCCGUGCAGGCUGAGGUUCAGGCCAUCAAAGCCCAGCUGGGUGAGCUGAUGACCAAGUUUGAGCGAUUCUCGGAGAAUGCCACGCGCAAACUGAAUUACAGUGCCGACGAACUUUGCCGGAUGCGGCAACAGAAUCAGUCAACAGCCUCGAACCAAAAGAGUCACCACCGUCGAUGAUGUUGCCGGGGUUUUUUGUUAUUUUUAACCAGACAUAUAAAAUAUAUUAAUACACAUUAUUAAAAUCUGAUAACUAAGGUGA